AUGGUCGUCAUGGAUAAAAAGGAGAGUGUAGGCACUCUAGAAGAACAGGCACUCAAAAGAAAGGAAAGGCUGAAAAAUCUGAAACGCAAAAAUCCUAAUAAUGAAAACACCUCUGAUCAAGCAACUGAAACGAUCGUCCUACCUAAGCCAAAAUUCCGUAGUUACAGACCCCAAGAUGAGCAAUUGCAAGAGGCGAAAUUAGAAGAAGCUCAACCUACCCUUGUUGAUGAUGAAGUCAAAGAUCUCCUUGAAGCAGGCAAAGAAAAAGUUGUGCUACAAGAAUUAGAUAUUUCAAGUUUAGCACCAAGAAAACCGGAUUGGGAUCUGAAGAGAGAUGUAGCAAAAAAACUAGAGAAAUUAGAACGUCGAACACAAAAGGCAAUAGCAGAGCUUAUCUGGGAAAGGUUGAAGCAUGGAGGGGAAGACAACUUAGGGGCUAUGGUAACAAUGUCAGAAAAUAGACCCACAGAUGAUGAAUAA